AUGAAUCCUCGAACGACUUCGCGGUUUAACCUUUUCACUUCGUCUCGAAUUACGAGUGGAUCCUCACACGGGUCCAACGGCUGGAAUAACAACGGAUCUUCUACAACUUCUCCAAAAACUGCCACGACAUCACCUUCCUCUUCCUGCUCUAAUUCAUUCGCUGCGUUCCCGGCCAAGACACCACCCAAUACAUCCCCUGUUUGAUCUGCCAAUCUCUGCUGCUCUGCUUUGGCACGAGCAGCAGCAGCGGCCGAAGCUGCCUUUCUGGUCCCUCGUUCAAGGGCUUCCUUCGGGAUUUCGGGUGGUGUCAACGUCGACGCUUCGGUGUAGUAAAAUGGCGGAGGGGGAAAUUCUGAUACCAGUAAAGUGGCCUCACCUGCCUCCCCUUCUUCCGCAACGGAGGAUGGAUCGAGUGCAUUGGUUGAGGUCAUUAUUCUGUUUUGAAACGUAUCCGAGCAGUUGCGUGACUCUUUACUUCGAAAGCUGAGUCCGGAAUUCCAUCGUUACAAUGAUAACUUGGAAUUUAUUUGAUCAACCCGCAAGACCUUUUCCAUUUGCGUACGAGUUACUGUAAGUACGGCACGGUACUCGUACCGUAGUAAAGUACAGUAGCUACCGUACAGAAAAAGUGGGAUGGGGUUAACCAUGGGCGAAUUAGAUUAGUCGAGUGAGUCAGGAAUAUGCUCUCCGUGUUGGUCGAGAAGCCAACAAUAUUUUAAUUUAAUUUCGAUACAGUAGUAACACGAAAAACAUACGACCUAUCAAGGUCGAUCUCACUCCCCAGCGAUGAUCCAACAGUUGUUCUAGUGCCUCCCUGCUCCAGCUAUUGCAAGACAUCCAUCUCAAUCAACAUCCCACCGCCAUAAAAGAAAACAGCAAUUUAGCAUGGUUGCAAUGACUCUCGAGCCCACGGAUGAAGAUUACAUCAACUCGAUCGAGGACUCUUUUUUCAAAUCGGUCGCGCAGCAAGUUGUAAACAUCGACACAGCCACCACUAUCACCGAUGGUGAGAAAGCGGCAUCUGCGAACACGCGAUUAGAAGACAUGGAAAUUACAGUCCGAAGAAAGUUAUUGGAAUUGCUAUUGGUGGAGGGAAAUAAUCUGGAAGCCUCUGAUUGCAACGGAAAUGAUCUUAAAAGAACAACUGCUGAUGCAAUUGGUAUCUUUUGGAAAUCGACGCUUGAUCUUUGUCACCAUUUGGUUCACCAUGCGUUGCGUUCCAGAAAUUUAGAAACGAAAACUACUGUUUAUGAACAUUUAGCAUCAUGCCGAAGAUUGCCCUAUAUACUAUUAUCAGACUGCGUGGAUGGUUUGCCCUCUMUAGAGGAUGUACAGCACUUCUGGAGCACCUACGUGGAACCUUCUUUGGUUAACCGUGUCCUUUUUGGAGAUAAAUUUUGGUGUCGGUUGACAAAAGAAAACAAUACUAAUGGUAUAAUCUUGCCAAACAGUCACUUACCCUUUCUCAAAGUCGCUAAUCAAUUCCUAAAACGAUUGGGGCAUACCUCAGACACUGCAAUGCUUGUCGAAUGGAAGGGGCGGAUUUUGUGGGCCUUGGCAAGGGGAUUUUCUGUUGCCGAUAAGUCGUCCCUAAAAUUAUGGGGAAACUUUCACACAUCCAAUYUAACAGAUUUCGAAAACGAGGAAGAAUUCAACCAGAUUCCUAGAGCUGUGGUAUMUAAUUCUGCGAAUGCGGUCGACUACAGUCUCUAUGAGGCCAUGUGGUCAUUGCAAACGGACUUUGCAAAUCCGAAUAAAAUUAACGUGAGGGAAUUCAUAAGAAAACUUAAAUUGGUUCUUGCAGCCAUGGAAUCGGCAUCGACAACGACAUGCACCGAUAGCACAGUUGCUCUCAAACGUGACGAUGACCAGAUAGAAAAUAUCGCCACUACAAAAAACACAACAAAAUAUUUAACCUCUUCUGCCCUACUACCCUCCCAGAUCGAAGACCCAGUUUUUCGGUCGAAUAUUGUGACACAACUCUUGAUUGUUGGCUCGCAUUUGGGUAGCGAAUCACCACCCUUGAAAAAUGCACUUUCCAGUAUCCUGGGACGCGCCCGAAAACUUUUGAAGAACGACAACCCUCAACUUCACGAUAUCUUGUGGGGAUCUAUACUGGCAAAUGGAAGAGAAAAUGAUUGGCGUACAUGGAAAAAACAGAAGUGUUCUGCCAGUGCAUUUGCUCCAAAGUUUCAACGAAAGCACGAGCUCGUCUUAGACAGCGAUUCAACGGAUGGGAGCAAUCGUCAGCGCAAACGAAAGGAACCGUUCGGCAAGAAUGGCCAGAACAUCAAGACGAGUGAGAAAACUGUUUGUUCUACUUCUAACAAAUUCUUGGGCAACAACGAUCUUCAAAAUCUCAAAGAUAACAUUCCAACCUUGGAGGUGCACUUGGAACCUUACGUGGAAGCUCUCGAUCCUGAGUCGGGUAUCGAAGAUGAAUAUCAUCCGAAGAAUGAUUCCUUAUUCACAUGGCGAGCUAUGAGAUUGUAUGCCAAACACAAGCUGCCGUUAAUGAACCAAUGUAGAAAGCCUGCAGAUCUCGAAAAGAUAACUAGAAAAUGGUAUCGGCUGUCUCACGGUAAGGACAUCCCUGGAGGAUCGAACGCUAUUGAAGAAUCAGAUGGCAACAACGAUGAUGGUAAGAAAAAUGAUUCCGUUUCUUCAGAGAUCAGAGAAAAUAUCGAUCACCAAAAAGAGAACAGUAGCGAGGGAAAAAAGACGAGUAUAGAAAAGAUUGACCCGGAAAAGGCAUCAGAAGACGUCAAAGAUAUCAGUGAUGGCCCGAGCGAUUCAAACAUGGCCGAUGUCAGCGAAAGUKUUGAGACUAAMGAGAAUACAAACGGUAAAAACGAAGACGACACAAAUGAUUCAAACAUGGCCCAUGUCAACGAAAACAAUGACACCGAAGAGAAUAACAUCAAUUUGAAAAAAGAUGAGCCGGAUGAUUCAAAAAUGGCCGAUGUUGACGACAGUAAUGGGACUGACACGAAUGGGGAUUCAAAAACGGUCAAUGCUAAUAACGGAGAUGGCAACAAAAUGAAUACAUUCGACAAAAACGAAGACGAUACAAAUGAAACAAAAAUGAUCGAUGCCAAUGAUAGCAAUGACAAUGACAACCGAAAGAAAACGGAUACUCCCGACGCACAUGGCACCAAGAAAAUCGAGGGUUCGAAGCAGCCUUCUACUAAACAUAGCGACCAGAAAAAGGGUUCAGAUGACAGGCAUCGGMAUUACAAGAGUAACAACAAAAAUAUCCAAUCUAAUCAAGUAGAAGAGAAUCGAGUUCCUCGCGAGACGCAUCUACCUCAGAAUCGAGUCGGCGGCGGGAGAAGAGGCGAUCUUGGCGGUAGAAACAAUCAAGAACGCGGCAGAAGGGACGACGGAGGAAGAAACAAUCAAGAAUAUGGAAGACGCAACAAUAGUGUGCAACAAAGAAGGUGGGGUGAAGAUUUGCAGCAAUCAAGAGGGCGACCUGGUGGCGAUGCUUCAUAUAGAGGAAGGUCAGAUGGCCCACCUGCUAGAAGAGAAGGAGGGCGAUACGAUGACGACUAUCGUGGAGAUAACAGAGGGCAAAGAUUUGAUGGAGAAAGAGGUAACAGAUCUGGUGACAGAGACAACUAUCGUGGUGGCGACAGAGGCGGAGGAAGUGGAAGAGGAGAUGACCAUCGUGGUGGAGAAAGAAAUAGGAGAAAUAACGAGAGCAGACCCUACGGAGGCGGAAAUAUCAGGCGCCGAAGAUGAAUAAAGGAAGGAAUCCGAUUUAAAGGUUUGCAAAUCAAAGUUUACGGUUAGAACUAUCUUGCCUCUGCCGGUAUUCGAUAGGUCGCCUAAAGCAUUAUGUUACGUCUUUAUGGUUACUUCUUUAUGACAAAAAGUAGAUUCUAGUAUUGAGCGAACGCAAAAUUACUGGCCUGGUUGUACCACAGAUUUUGCAAGGAUUAAUGAGGUAAGAAUGACGGUCUUACUGUAUCACAUUAUUGUAAUCCCGCAAAGAGCGCUUUGAAGGCCUUCGCAAAGUGAUUUUGAUUGCUGUAUUUUGUAUUUUGAACAAACCAAACGAAGAUUGCUGAAAAUAUUCUUCAGGGACGUGAGGUAUUGAUGAUCCAUGUACUAGACCCGCAACAGGAAUCAAGGUGGUAGGCGCUGCUAAACAGAGGGUAGCUAGGUGUUUGAAUAAUCCUGUCAUCUCAAGAUUGUACUCAGACUUCAGGGGAACUGGGAACUUUUCAAAAAAUUUCUGGUAGCAGAGCAUAUAUUAUGGUAAGAUUCAUGGUGGCAAUGUGGUACUUUAUGGUAGCAAUCUGGUAUGGUAAYRUUUCUGGUAACGGUCAUAUUUAGCAAUAGUCUGAGAUUUUUGUUGACAAUGGUGGUGGUCCCAGGACUAGUUGUUUAAACUUCCAGGAUUGCUUGUUCCUAUAAUUAACUCACAAACAGCAACAGCAACUUGAUUCAGAGCAUCCCUGGCAACAUCAAUAGGAGUAAUAGUAGCAGMAAAAUAGUGAAACUAAAAGCAAAARCAAGCA